AUGGCGGAGUGGCUGAUACACGUGGCUGUGGUUGCUGAGCCAUACGUGGUCCCUGCCCGAGAUGACUGGUUAAGCGACCGCGGCAACUCUGUGGCCAUCUUCGCCCCCGCCGCUAGUGGCUCCCCCCCCCCCUUCGAUAAGGUAGCGAAGGGUAGGGGAUGCGUGCUGGCUGUCGUUGGCGGAGUUGCAGUAGUGGGGGUGUAUUUCCCACCAAGUUGGCCCCUCGCCGACUUCGAAGGGGCCCUCGCGGAAGUCGGAGAGGAGCUAGAAGACUGGGCGGUGACUUCGGGCCUGGUGAUUUUGAACAGGGGCACCAAUAACACCUGUGUCCGCCAGCAGGGGGGGUCAAUCGUGGACCUCGCGUUCACAACCCCCUCCAUGGCCCGGAGAGUUCAAGGGUGGAAGGUGGAGGUAGACGUGGAGACAUUGUCGGAUCACCGAUAUAUCCGGUUCGAUGUCUCUACGUCUGCCCCCACAACGGUGCCAGUGACUCGCUCCUCUAUUGAGGAGGGCCCUCGCUGGGUGCUGGGUCGACUGGACCGUGAGCUGGCCGAGGAGGCGGCCAUUAUGGAGGGCUGGGUGGUGGACGCCGGCCCACCCGGGGACGUGGAUGCGGGAGCGGAGCUGCUCGGCGCAUCGCUUACGAAUGUAUGCGAUGCGUCGAUGCCUAGAGCCAGACCGCUUCCCCCACGUCGUCGGGUGUACUGGUGGCGCACUGAGCUGCACCAACUGCGCCAAACCUGCGUCGCUGCGCGCCGCUGCUAUACGAGAUGCCUGUAG